ACGUUAAACAUGGCGGCAGCGGUGGAUCAGUCCCUCCUGGACUUGACUGACAAGGAAACCCGUGAGAAGCUGUCUGCCUGGGACCGCCGCACGGACGCCGUGGCGCCGCUCACCGAAAAGCAGACAGACUCGAUUCUGGAGAUCCGUUCGGCUGCCGAGACGCUCCCGAUCCCGGCAGAGCUGCCAAUCGAAGACUUGUGCAGCCUGACGUCUCGCACCCUGCGCUCCCCAUUCACGACCACGGUGCCGGCCUCCACUGAAGACAUCCUGCUGAAAGGCUUUCAGUCGCUGGGUUUAGAGAAUGACAGAAUAGAGACAGCACAACAGUUCUUCUCCUGGUUUUCAAAGCUACAGUCACAAAUGGAUCAAGAUGAAGGGGCAAAAUACAGGAGAACCAGGGAUGACCUCGGCAGGUAUGAGGAGCAGUGUGAUGCCAUUUUGGCGGACGUGGAUGCAGCACUGCAACACCUGGACUCACUGCAGAAGCAGUACUUGUUUGUCUCCACUAAGACUGGUACCCUUCACGAGGCCUGCGAACAGCUCCUCAAAGAGCAGUCAGAACUGGUGGGCCUAGCUGAGAGCAUACAGCAAAAGCUGUCAUAUUUCAAUGAGUUGGAGAACAUCAAUACGAGACUGAACUCCUCCACACUGUCUGUGAACAGUGAGGGUUUUAUUCCAAUGCUGUCCAAGCUGGAUGACUGUAUAGAAUACGUUUCUUCACAUCCAAACUACAGGGACUACCCUGUUUACAUGACAAAGUUUAAACAGUGUCUGUCCAAAGCGAUGUACCUCAUGAAGACCCACACUGUGAACACACUGCAGAAUCUCACGGGCCAGCUCAUUAAAAGGGAUCCAUUGGGAAUGCCGAAUGUGGACAAUGCCUUCACUUUGUACUAUGUGAAAUUCAGAGCUGCUGCACCAAAAGUCAAAACACUGAUAGAGCAGAUUGAGCAGAGAUCAGAGAAAAUUCCUGAGUAUCAGCAGCUACUGGGCGAGAUCCACAAAUGCUACCUUGACCAGAGAGAGCUUCUUCUUGGUCCCAGUAUCACCUCCACCAUCACAGACCUGACCAGCCAGAACAACAAGGACCACUGUGCUCUGGUCCGCAGCGGCUGCGCCUUCAUGGUCCAUGUGUGUCAAGACGAGCACCAGCUUUACAACGAAUUCUUCUGCAAACCGACGCCCAAGCUGGACGAGCUCUUGGAAAAGCUGUGCCUGUCUCUGUACGAUGUGCUCCGUCCACUCAUCAUCCACGUCAUCCAUUUGGAGACGCUCUCCGAGCUUUGUGGCAUCCUCAAAAACGAAAUGCUGGAGGAUCACGUCCAGAACAACGUUGUGCAGCUGGGUGCUUUUGAGGCCGUGGUGAAGCAGAUGCUAGAGGAUGUCCAGGAGCGCCUGGUCUACAGGACACACAUCUACAUCCAAACAGACAUCACCGGCUACAACCCCGCCCCGGGCGACCUUGCCUACCCUGAGAAGCUGGAGAUGAUGGAGAAAAUUGCCCAGAGCUUGAAGGAGGAGCAGAUGAGGCUGGCGUCUCCGGACACCUCUUUUUCAGAUGUUCAGCUGGAGGACACGGAAGUCAGGAAAGCCAGCAGCCUUGGAGGAGUGGGAGGCACCCGGUUGCAGGCCACCAUCUCGCCCGCGGACCUGCACGGCAUGUGGUAUCCGACAGUGCGGCGUACCUUGGUUUGCCUGUCCAAGCUGUACAGGUGUAUUGACAGAGCAGUCUUCCAGGGCUUGUCACAAGAGGCCUUAUCCGCCUGCAUCCAGUCACUGCUCAAAGCCACGGACAUCAUUGUCAAGAGCAAGACACAGAUAGACGGCCAGCUGUUCCUCAUCAAACACCUGCUUAUCAUGCGAGAGCAGAUCGCUCCUUUUCACACCGAUUUCGCCAUCAAAGAAAUCUCCCUGGACCUGAAAAAGACGCGAGAUGCUGCUUUCAAAAUCCUGAAUCCCAAGACAGUUCCCAAGUUCUUCAGACUCAACAGUCACAAUGCAAUCCUUGAAUUUCUAUUAGAGGGAACCCCCGAGAUCAAAGAGCACUAUAUCGACUCCAAGAAAGAAGUGGACCGGCACCUGAAAUCAAGCUGCGAGCAGUUCAUCCAGCAGCAGACCCAACUCUUUGUUGGCAACCUGGAGGAGUUCCUCACCAAGGUUUCUGCUCUCAAGACGAUGGCCAUACAAGGGGGUCCCACAUAUAACCUCUCCCAGCAGCCAUGGGCUCAGCCAGCUAAGAUCAAUGACAUUGUGAUGGCCACCUAUCGGGUGAUGAAGACCAAGCUUCCGGGCACACUACAGAGCAUGUCUUUGUACCUGGCCAACAAGGACACAGAGUUCAUUCUCUUCAAGCCUGUCAGGAACAACAUCCAGCAGGCUUUCCAGAAGAUGCACGCUUUGCUACAGGAAGAAUACAGCGGAGAGGACCUCCAGAUCAUAGCCUGCCCUUCCAUGGAACAGGUCAACCUGCUUCUGUCGGUGAACAAGUAGUCUAGUCGUUUUUCCAGGUGCAAGAGUUCGUGCUGAGGGCAAAGGUCCCACUGUGGCUGGAGGACAGAAGCUCACAUGGCCCAGAGGGGGCCUACAGCAGGACCCUGGGCCUCCCGCUCGUGAGGUCUCAAGGCAAAAAAGGGCCUCGGCUCUCACGGUUAGGAUAAGCUUAGCUUGGGCUGCACAGCUAAACAUUGGUUCAGGGUCCAUUCACUUCAGCAAAAAAAAAAAAGUGUGUAUGUAUAAAUAGUUAAAACUUAAUUGAUCAUAAUAGCAAGAAAGUAUAAAAUCUUGGUUUCUUGUUUGUUUGAGCCCCUUUUUGCUUUCACUUCAUGAUUGGCAUGUACAAUAUUUAUGAAAGCUGAUGCCAACCUGUGAUGAUAUUGUACGUGUUGUAAUUUUGUACACUACAUUUUGCCAAGUAAAUAGAAUGAUGAUGCUGUGUGAGGGCUGUGAGAACUACUGUAAAGAGAAAAUAUCUUCACAGCUUCGUCAGGUGACUGUCAUUCCAACUGAGCUCCAUAUUGGAGGUCUCUAUAAUAGUCAGUGGAUUUCCUUCCUGAAAAGGGUUGUUAUGUUUAUUUUAAGCAAAUGAAACAUAAAGGGUGGGUUUAAAUAUUUACCUGAGUUAUUUUCUAUUGACUUCUUCACCAGUUUCGUUGACUUUUCUAGGUUGUAGGAUCAGUGGCUAAAUUAGCUAUUUUGACUGUGAGGGUAAUUUAUCUAUUAGUCACCUAGAUUAGGGUUAGUGCAACUGGGGGAAAUAGAUGUUGAUUUUUAACUUCAGUGUGGGGACAAUUAAUAAAUGCUUUAACAUUGUAAAUAUUUUAGCUGAAUUUUGAUCUGUUUCGAUUCCUUUUUUUUGUCUGUUUUACAAAUGCAACUUUUUUUUUUUUUUUUUUGUGGGGUCCCUCAUCCCCCCCCCCAUCGUAGGAUUUAUUUACAGGCUGUUUGCCCCUGUCCCCCUACAAGUUAAAUUCGAGGUGGUGUGAUAAUUGGAUCAAAAUGCCAGGGCUGCAGUGACAUGUGAAGCAGAAGAACUGGUUUAUUUUGCAGCAGCAUUGCGUGAGAUGGCUGAUGCCAAAAUAACACCGAUGUAAUAUGGUUAACAUUCUUAGAAGGGCAGUGGAUUAACUUCAUUCAUGUGUUGGUAAGUGGAAAAAGAGGGUCUUUUCAGUGCAGCUGCCAUUAUUUUACUUUUGUUUAUGUUUUGCGGUUUAUCUUAGUUUUGAUAUUCAUCUAACACAAUG